AUGGGAAAACCACUGCCACGUAAAAAAAGGAAUCGAAAUGGAAAAUCACCGCCACGUAAAAAAAUGGGGAAAUCAUCACCAUACAAAAAAGUAGCAGCAAAUGAUGAUGACGAAGAUGAUGACGAAAAUGAUGAAGAUGGUGAAGAUGAUGAUGGUGAGGAAGGUGACGAUGGUGAGGAAGAUGAUGAUGGUGAAGAAGAUGACGAUGGUGAGGAAGGUGACGAUGGUGAGGAAGAUGACAUGAUG